GGAGACAAGUGCGACAACAGCGAGGAAAGUGCGUCGACGAGAAAACUCUGUCAGUCCUGUUUGCUUUGUUAUGAUACACGUUCGCGUUGUCGGGAUAUUCGGGAAUCUCGGGAUCCGUGUCCCGGUCGUGUAAAGAGGGUGGCCGGGAUCGUCGUGACGAGAUCCAUGAGAGAAUCGACGCGACGUAUCUGUGCACCGCGGUACGAUGCGAUAGCUUUCACCGGCCAAGUACCCGACGAGGUCGCCGUCGAAGUGGCGGCGGCGGUGGUGGUAAAGGAGGAUCCGUCCACGUGCCGCGAACACGGGGGGAAGUGUGACAGCGGCAGGGCGAGCUUGGUCGCCCCGUGGGUCGCCUGCAGUAUGCUCAGGAUCUGCGACAGGCGGAUAUUAUGGCUGCGGGUGAGGCCAGCACGGCGAAGCCUCGUCAGGAGAAGCAGUACGACUACCUGCUCAAGUUCCUGCUUGUGGGAGACAGCGACGUCGGCAAGCAAGAGAUCUUGAGCGGUCUCGAGGAUGGUGCCGCCGAGUCGCCGUUCUGCAGCGGCAGCGCUUACAAGACUACCACUAUUCUACUAGAUGGAAAACGAGUGAAGUUACAAUUAUGGGAUACAUCAGGCCAAGGUAGAUUCUGCACAAUUAUUCGGUCAUACUCCAGAGGUGCUCAAGGUAUACUUUUGGUAUAUGACAUUACCAACAAGUGGUCUUUUGAUGGCAUUGAUAGGUGGCUGAAAGAAGUUGAAGAGCAUGCGCCUGGCGUACCGAAAGUGCUGGUUGGCAAUCGUUUGCACUUGGCUUUCAAAAGACAAGUGGGUGAACGAGAUGCAGAGGCUUACGCGGCUAAGAAUCGAAUGGCCUUCUUUGAAGUCUCACCUCUCUGCGAUUUCAACAUCCGUGAGAGCUUUUCAGAGCUUUCUCGGAUGGCAUUACAUAGAAAUGGCAUGGAAAGAUUAUGGCGAUCCAAUAAAGUGCUCAGCCUGCAAGAACUGGCGUGCCGUGCGAUAGUGGCCCGAACAACAGUUUACGGUAUCGACCAACUGCCGUUGCCCAAGUCAAUCAAAUCGCACUUGAAAUCGUACGCGAUGACGACCACGUCCCAACUACGCUACAAUGGCAAUCGCUCAUUGAGCUCGAGCAAGAGUCUGGGAUCACAUCAUCGGAAGUUACGCUUCGUCGGGGUGGGUCACAAUAACGGCGGACUGUCGACGCCCGGCAGCUCACCCGGCAGCAUCACCGAUUCCCGCACAAGUUGCGUCGGUCGCAAUUCCUGCACAGUGUCUUGAGAGUGACAAAGGACAGAAGUCAGGGUAGCGGUUACUUACAAAAACAUCGCGCAGCAAUCAGCGUUCUUCCUUCCCCUCUCCCUCUCCGUUUUAUCGAGGAUGCAAACGCGUUUACAAUGUUGUUUCACAAUUCAUAGUAAUUACUGUUAGUAUGAAAUAGUAUAAAUAUAUGAAAUUCCAAUUUGUCACUUGCCAACGUUGACGGGAUAUACUUGUUACGUUUAUAUCAUGAGAUACAUUUCAUAUAUAUAUUUUCACACAUCCGCAAGCCGCGCACAGUUUCAUCAUCCGAACGAUUAUUAACGAGCUUAAGGGAGACGAGCUGUCGUGUAUCCGUGCCAUCAUCUGUUGUACGAAAUUAAGAGAGUCGCGGCACGUAAGCAAAGAAAUCGCUUAAACGUUACCGAGUGUUCUCGAUUGCAAAGCUCGCAUGAGUUUUCAUCGCAUAAAGAGAACGUGUCAGAAUUACGAGGAUUUAUAAAAUAUCCAUGCGAUAUAUCACGCGACAUUAUGCGACUCGCGAGUGUGCCCAUACUUUAAAGCCUUUGUAAGCCGCUUUGUUUAUUUUGGCCGUUGUUGGAAAAGCAUCCCUUUCCACAAACGUAUCUCUCUGUGCGAAAUGUUCUUUCUUUGAUCAUAAACUUACAGGAGCAGCGAGUAAUGAAUUGAAAAGUACAAGUUCGCUAAGUCUACAGUGGUUGUGGUGUAGACUAAUGAUGAUAGCAUAAGUGUAGAAAGUUUAGAGCAGCUAAUUCGAGAUACAUUAAGCAACAUAUAUAAAUAUAUAUAUAUAUAUUUUCACUUGCUUACGACGCGAAAACCGUUUUAUCGGAAACUACCGGUUACCGAGCGCGGAAGAGCUAUAUAUUUUUUAAGAAGACGGUUUUAUAAAGAGCAAUAAAAUUGACUCUUUCUACGGCACAACUUUUUACCAUUGCAUUAUGUUGAUCGAGCGAGAUCGAAUGAUUUCCUCAUUUUUUAUCUUGUUAUCUCUUCCCCCCCCCUCCGAUAAUACGAUAAUUAUAAAUCGCGCAAAGCGAUACGAUCUUUAUUCUCGUCCGUGUUUAACGAAAUCCGAACCUUCCCUUCCCCGAAUACGUUAUUUAAAAGGAUCGUCUUAUUUUAUGUUACCUAAAUGUAAGUCACAUACACAUGUACAGUGUAAGAUUGCAGGAGAUGCGUUUGUGUAAUAUAGAUAGAUAGAUAGAUAGAUAGAAACACGCUCGAUCUCUUAACAUUGUCUGUAACAAAUCACUCGAUGCCAGGAAAGCACAUGAGAUGUAUAUUUAUAUUACGUUAGCUUUAACUAAAUUAUAUUCUGUGUAUAUAAAAAAAAGAACUAUAUUAUAUUGUUUUAUAUGAAUAUAACACGAUGUGCUUACUUGUCUGUGAGAUGUACUAAAUAAACUUAACUUCACAUUAACGUAUUAUGCAGUGCAUGUAAUCGAUACGUAAAGAUUUGAAAACGGACUUCUCAUUUCGAAUACCAAAUUUUCUUUAAUAAAUAGAGUUCAUACGUUUUAAUUAUAUACCAUUUUGUUGAUACACAAGGUAAUACCAUCUUUCAUGUACGAAGGAAUAUUCACUCAAAAGGGGCCACGUUUUAAGAAAGGGAAGAACGGAAAAUGCCGUCCCGUUUGCCAAAAUGCUUCUAAUUUAAUAGCGAAAUAUUAAUUUUGUUGAAUAGAGAGCCUGUUUCAUACAUUUGCUGUAUAUAGUAAACACGUUCUAGCUUUUUUAACUACGGUUUAAUUACAGUUUAUUAAUUGAUUUUUUAAUAGUUUCUUAUUCAAUCGCUGGAAUUGGCAAAAUUUUCUUCUUAGUAAUUUGUAAUACUACUUUCUUGUCAAUUUGAGCAUUGUAACUUACAUCGACGUAUUUCCAUCUACACAGUGAUUCUAUUUAUAUAAUGGCGAAACCCGACUUUAUUUUAUAUUCAUUUAUAAUUGUGUUUCAGUUUAAAGCACAUGCGGUUGUAUAAUGAAAAUAAAUAGAAUAUUUAUAAACCCAUAGACGUUUUAUAAAGCAAGAUU